GCACUUCUCUAGCAGACACUGAGCAGUGUGUUUCAAUAUGAGUCACAUUCAGUCACACUGAGUCACGUUGCUGCAACAACGUGAUCCAAAAACCAAAACAAAGAAACAAACCGCCGCACUCAUAUUCACCUCACCUCACCUUCCUCACCUCCUCACCUCCUCACCUCACUCACAUCAGCAAUGGCGAAUACACAUAACCUAGUAGCUCUGGACGACAGAAUUGCGUCUUUUAGAGCUCACAGGCUUCCUGGCGCCUCAAAGCGCUCGGCUAUGAAAGCAUGGCCUCAUGCAAAGCCAUCAGUCGCAGACAUGGCGAAAGCUGGGUUUAUAUACACACCUUCUACCGAAGCACAGGAUAACGCAACCUGCUUUCUCUGCCACAAAUCUCUCGAUAUGUGGUCCAAAAACGACGAUCCGCGCGCCGAGCACAUCUCGCACUCCCCCGACUGCGCUUGGGCUAUCGUCUGCUCUGAGCAGUGGAUCGCCGACGAAGAACAUGAUCCCGACUCGGACGAGAUGCUUAGCACUCGGUUGCUGACUUAUGGUGGUCCUACUAAUUCUUGGUGGCCUCAUGAUGGAAAGAGAGGUUGGAUACCUACCAGCGAGGCUAUGAGCCGUGCUGGUUUCUAUUACAGUCCCUCUCGAGAAGGUGACGAUCUAGCUUCUUGCAUGUACUGCGGCAUCGUCCUCGACGGAUGGGAGCCAAAAGAUAGUCCUGUCGAGGAACAUCGCCGACGACAACCAAACUGCUUCUUUUUUGAUCGAUCACAAAAGCCUCAACCCGCCAUCCCAAAACAAAAAUCACGCACCUCUCGCUCCUCGAUCGCAUCCCGCAAGAGAUCGAGCUCGGUCUCGGAGUCAGACUUGGAAGUUGAGAAUAUGAUGCCACGACGGAAAGCAUCCCGCGUAAGCAAGAGGAUCAGCUCGGUAAGUGAGCUUGAUAGCGCGGAUGAGACUAGUGCUCCGGCGCCGAAAAAGAGAGGUGGGCGGAAUACUCGGAAAUCUUCAGUCGCGCAACCUCAAAUCAUCAUUGAGCCAGAACCUAUCGCCCCCGAAGUUAUCAAAGAGGAGACGGCAGAACCUCAGACAAGGGCCACGAAAACCAAAGCACAGGCAAAAGCCGAGAAAUCGACGGCAGCGAAACGAACCCGUGGUCCUCGACCGAUGGCAAAAACAAAGGCGGUCAAAGCACAGAGUCCGCUGAGAUCACCAAGAUCUGAAAUGCCACCGGUGCCUGAUGUGCCUACUGUUUUUGUCGAGACUGUUGAUUCUGAGGUUGAGAUCAAAAGUCCGAGUGUGGUGUCGGACCAGGCCUCGAUGGAGGAUAUUAUCGCUAGUUAUGCGGAGGAUGAUGAGCGGGAAAUAGAAGAGCAGAAGCAGAGGGAGGAGGAACUUGAGCAGCAGAGAUUAGAGCAGCAGCGACUUGAGCAGGAGAGACUCGAGCAGCAGAGACUCGAGCAGCAGAGGGAAGAGAAACUUGAACAGGAGAGACUAGAGCAGCAAAGGCUUGAACAGCAGAGACUCGAGCAACAGAGACUAGAGCAGCAGAGACUUGAACAGCAGAGACUUCAGCAACAGAGACUCGAACAGCAGCGACUCGAACAGCAACAGCAAGAGCAGCGACUCGAACAGCAGAGACUCGAACAGCAACAACAAGAACUACAGCAGCAACGAGAGAGACAGCUAGAAGAAGAGAGAUUGAUUGAGCAGCAGCAGCAGCAGCAACAGCUGGAUACCCCACCUCCAAUCCCGAGAAUGAACUCAAGUCGGAAAGUGACCCCGGUGAAGGUGCGCGAGGACGAACCUGAUACCUGCGAGGAAGAAAGUGCAAAGAAAGUACGAGGACCACGAGAACUACUCAAGAGCAGAAACAACGGUAACGCACAAAGUAGUCCGCAGGUCCUCGGUCGAGCUCUGUCUGUUCGCGAGAACGAGUCAAGUCCGGCGACAAGAAAGGCCGUCUCGGACUGGAAAUCUCGGGGACGGUUGCUAGAAGUUGACACGCAGGCUUCAGAUGCGGAACUCUGGGCAGCAAUUAUGCCUGGCGAUGCAGCAGUUCCUGCUGCAGAGCACAUGGACAAGACUGUGGAGCAGUGGUUGAUGUACCUGGCUGAGACGGGAGAGCAGGUGUUGAUGAGUAAAUGUGAGCAGUUGAUUGCUGCGCUUGAGCGCGAGGGUGAGCGGGCGCUGGGUAGACUACGAGAGUGUUGAUACAUGAUUAUAAUACAGAUAUAAGAAGAAUAUAACAAUAUUAGUAAGAUAUAAUAGUAGUAGAAUAUCAAAUAUGACGACAACUUCA